GGAAGGAAGCAGCAACAGAUGGAUGGAUGGCGUCGCUGUACGGGUACGGGGCGGAUGCGGUGCAGGCGCCAUCUCGACUCCAUCCCAGAGUUUCACCGUGGCUCCGCUGGCUCGCAGUCGCGCGCGUGCGUUUUGUCUCUCGCUAUUUAAACCCGCACGUAUCUCCUCUGCCGCGUCAAAGUGCUAAUUACCAAACGCUUUCCAUCCCACUCAUCUUGGCUCCCAGAGUUCAAUUCCGGUGGAUCGUUCUCUGCUUCUGUUCAUCCACCCGCGUUUUGGGAUCGGAUCGGGUCCUAGCCUCCAGGUUUCUCUGAAUCUUGACCUUGGAAUCAUCACACGGAAAGCAGAUCAACAAGUGACUAAAGCUUGAUCCUGCACUAUAGAGAAAGAUGGGGUUCAUGUCAUUGCUUCUCGUGGCUUCCAUGCCGAUCGUCCAGGUCUUGCUCAUAGGCGUCAUCGGAGCUUUCCUCGCCUCUGGUUACAGCAAUGUUCUGACAGUGAGCGCUCGGAGGGAUAUGAACAAGGUUGUUUUUACUGUCUUCACCCCUUCUCUCAUGUUCGCUAGCCUUGCGAAGACGGUGACGCUGUCUGACGUCAUUUCUUGGUGGUUCAUGCCGGUUAACAUAGGAAUCACAUUCCUGGUUGGUGGCGCUCUGGGAUGGAUAGUAUGCAAGAUCCUGAAACCGCCUCCGCAUUUCCGAGGCUUGAUCAUCUCAUUCUGCUCAGCAGGAAAUCUCGGCAACCUGCUGCUGAUCAUCGUCCCGGCCGUCUGCGAUGAAGACGGCAGCCCUUUCGGGGAAGACCGGAGCCGGUGCCGCUCGCGCGCGCUCUCAUACUCGUCGCUGUCUAUGGCUCUUGGCGGCUUGUUCAUAUGGACGCACACCUACAGCCUCAUGCAGAAGUCCGGCAAGCUGUACCACAAGAUGCAGUCCAAAAGCAUCCAGUGCCCGGCCGACAGCGACGAGGAGCAUUUGGCGGAACUCAAAGCGGAUGGCGAAGCUGCUGCCGGGGCCGACGAGGAGGCGCCUCUCCCGGCGUCCGCUACGCCUGACGAACACAAGGACGGCAACCAGAUUAGUGCUCCACUUCUUCUGUCAUGCGAGAGCGAUGUCGCCGACAAAGGCUGCUGGACGAACCUGAAGGAGACCCUGCACCAGGUCGUGGAGGAGCUGACGGCACCGCCCACUAUAUCCGCAAUAAUCGGAUUCGUCGUCGGGCUGGUACCAUGGCUGAAAUCGCUGGUCAUCGGCGACGGUGCCCCGCUCAAAGUCGUCCAGGACUCUCUCCAAUUAAUGGGCAACGGCACGAUACCUUGCAUCACCCUCAUCCUCGGCGGGAACCUAACACAAGGGCUGCGGAAGUCGGUGCUGAAGCGCGCGGUGAUCGUGGCCAUCGUGUGCAUCCGCUACGUGGUGAUGCCGGUGGUCGGGAUCGCCGUAGUCCACGCGGCGCGCGGCGUCGGGUUCCUGCCACACGACCCGCUCUACCGCUACGUGCUCAUGAUGCAGUUCGCCCUGCCCCCCGCCAUGAACAUCGGGACCAUGGCGCAGCUGUUUGACGUCGCGCAGGAGGAGUGCUCCGUCAUCUUCCUGUGGACGUACCUGGUCGCCGCCGUCGCGCUCACCACGUGGUCGACUGUCUUCAUGUCCAUUCUGUCCUGAAGCCAGCGGCCACAAAACGGAAACCUUGGGAUGGAUAUACAUUGGUGAAUGGUGAGACACGGUGAACCGAGGUGAGAAUAUGGACCUCUGCUAAGAACAGUUUGAUUUUAGUUCGAUUUUGUGACGGGCCGGGAGAAAUUCUCCCGCGUUCCAAACAUGUAUAGGUCAGCUUCAGCGUGUAAAAUACAGGACACGCGAUUCUUUCUGUAUGUACUACAGUAGAUUUUUUUUUUCCUGUUAGCUCCAUUUUUUUUUCUGGCUGUAUACUCUUGUUUUUUUGCAAGAGAUAGCGGGUCUGUGAUGGAAUAAACAUCGGGUAAGAUCUUUUAGAAUAA